AUGAAGGGGGCCACGGGAGGGGGCGCGCAGGCCAGGCUGAGGGAACUGGCACAGCGGCCGGUGGUGGUGGUGGGCCUGGUGCAGAACAUCCCCGGCAGCUACCGGUCCCUCGACCUCCGUCUCUUCUUCUCAGACUGGAUCGAGAGGGGCAAGUUCAAGGUGUUCCACUUCCUCCAUCGACCCGAGGUGCGCACCACCUCUGCCCCCGCCGGCCCUGCCCCGACCGAGGACGACGCCACCACUUCCUCCUCUUCCUCUUCAUCAUCGUCAUCGUCAUCGUCGUCCUCAUCUUCAACGGCGGCGGAGAAGACGUGCUGUUGCGUGGUGGCGUUCUACGACGAGCGCGACUUUGCCGAGUUCAGGCGGCGCUACCACGGCCGCCACUGGACCGACCGCGCCGGCGCCCUGCUCCCCCGCGCCGGCCUGUGCCUCGUCCGCCGCGUCAAGCCCGACCACCACCAACCCGCCGCCAUCGACGGUGCUGACACCGCGGCCGCUGCCGCCGAGCAGGCUGACGUCAGCGCCACGUCAGCGGCCGACCAGUGGUGGAAGGAGGGGAGCGGGGGGCGGUACCUGACCCGCCGACAGCGACUGGCGACGGCCCGCGCCAAGGCCCGCGCGUCCGAACAGCGCUCGCUCGCCCACAUGCCCGAACUGCACCCGCCCAAGGCCCUCCUGCCCCAGGGGAAUGUGGGGACGCCGCUGAAGUGGAUCCAGGAGCGGGUGCGGGCGUGCGCGUUUCCGUCGUCGCUCAUCGGGCAGCUGGGCAUCCACGCCCUCCGCCGGCGCCGCACGUCGGACUACCGCCGCUACGGCGAAGUCCACCUCGACUACUCGCGCCACGGCGGCGGCCAUGACGACGACGAGGCGGACGACGGUGAAGGCCGGUGGGAGUAUACGUUCGACAGCGAAGCGGGGGAGGCCGACAAGAAGAGGAAGCCGGCCCCGGUCUACCAGUACCACCUCCACAAACGCGGAGCCGGCGACGACGACGGGUGGCCCGACGAGUCGGGCGGAGGCCGGGACUCGGAGGGGGAGCAGGAGGCCGAGGAGUGGGAGCGGCACGAGGCGCUGCAGCACGACGACCACGAGGAGUACCUCUACGAGCAGGAGAUCGAACUCCAGUGGGAGAAGGGCGGCAGCGGCCUCGUCUUCUGGACCGACGGGGUGUAUUGGGACGACCAGAACGAAGAGGGGAAGGACGCGGACCAGUUCGAUCUGGACACAGCCCACUACUACGACCGCACGGGCGGGGACGACGACCACCUCUACGGCGCCUCCCAGAACCAAUACACCACCGACGAAAAACGCGCGUAUCGUGGAGUGAGGAGGAAGGCGGGUGAGGAGCGCUACGGGGCGUUCGAGCGGCACACGCGGGGCUUCGGGAGCCGGAUACUGCGACGCUACGGGUGGAGCGAGGGCGGCGGUGUCGGGCGUACGCCCGGGGCGGCCGAGGCGAUCGAGCCCCGCACGCAGCUCGACACUGCCGGCCUGGGCUACGGCCCGGACGACGGAAAGCGAAAGCGAAAGCGAAAAGCGACGGCGGCGCCACGACCCCGGCACGACGAAGACGAAGACGACGAAGGCGAAGACGAAGAGCGAGGGGGUGUGCGAUCGGCCUUUGUGCUGAGGCCCGCGACCGAGGGCGGCGGCGGACCGACGCCGGCCGCGCUGGUGCACGCGGAGCAGCUGCGGCGGUGGCGCAUGGCCAACGACCCGUCGUACGUGAGCAUCAACACCGUCUACGACCACCCGCGGACCAACCCGCUCCUGCCCCUCGCAUACUACGAUGACGCCGACGCCGACGACGCCGGCGAGGCGGUAGCGGAGAAAAAGGAGAAGCAAAACGAAGCGAGGUCGUGGCGGCCCUACGCAUUCCCCACGAAGCCGUUCGUGCGCGGCGGCACCAUCGAAGAGGAACGCGAAGCGCUCAAGCGCUCCAGCGCGUGA